AUGGCGUCAGACAACGGCCUUACCCUGACAGUCGUGGGCUGCGGCACCAUGGGUAUCGCUAUCCUCGGUGGCAUCAUGGACUCUCUGAACUCGACCUCGCAAUCCUCAGAACAGGAGCAGGACCUCCCCCCUCGUCUCCCCAAUCGCUUCAACGCCACGUGUCGCAGCGACCGCAGUGCUUCUCGCAUCAAGAACGAGCUAGGAAAAUACAAUGCCAACCUCAACGUCAUCCAGUCCGACAAUGUACGCGCGAUGAAGGAAGCAGAUGUUGUGCUGCUCGCCUGCAAGCCAUUUUACGUCAAGGAUGUUCUGCAAGCAGAAGGUGUCCGUGAUGCUCUGGAGGGCAAGCUUCUCAUCAGCAUUCUCGCUGGUGUGCCAGAGGCUCAGCUUGAAGACCUACUCUAUCCUGGCAUGUCACACGAACAAGUCCGCGAGAAGGUCACCAUCGUUCGCACCAUGCCCAACACUGCCUCAAAGGUUCGCGAGAGUAUGACUGUCAUCAACCAAUCGACUCCUCCUCUGCCCAAGGAUACCAAGAAUCUCGUCCACUGGAUGAUGUCGCGUAUCGGCAAGGUCGUCGAGAUCGAGCCCAAGAACAUGGAUGCAUGCACCGCUCUUUGCGGAUCUGGUCCUGCCUUUGCUGCUCUGAUCAUGGAGGCCCUUGCUGAUGGAGGUGUCGCAAUGGGCAUCCCACGAGCUGAGGCCAACCUCAUGGCCGCUCAGGUAAUGCGAGGUACUACUGGCUUGGUACAGGAUGGUGAACACCCUGCUAUCCUGAGGGAGAAGGUGUCAACGCCUGGUGGUUGCACUAUUGGAGGCCUUCUCGUCCUGGAGGAUGGAGCCGUUAGAAGCCAUGUCUCGAGGGCUGUCAGGGAGGCUACUGUUGUUGCUAGUCUGCUUGGUAGUGGGGCCAAGAAUGUCAAUGGAACCAGGCAUUGA